AUGAAGGAAAAGACGCCUCGGAGCAUAAUGUCGGAGUCUAAUAAUAGUAUUACAGGCUCGCAGAGGAGACGAUCACCUAGGCUGAGCUCUCCUCCUUCUUUGCUAAAUGAUAACAAAAUGGCGGUGUUGCCAGUGGUUAACGUUGCCGUCAAACGUUCAAUCACGGUGAGGAAAAUAGCCCCCAGAAAAACAACAGCACCGUCGGAGCACAACAAGGAGAACACACCGAGGAUAUCAGAGGGGAACCAACAGCAAGGGAAGCUUAAGGUUUCCACCCCAUGUCCUGCUCCAGAGGAUGGGCGCUCCUCAUCGGGUAAGAGGAAGAAGAAGGCCGUGAUGCCCUCACCGAUCCUCCCUCCUUCAUCUCCUCCUCCUCCACCACCACCACCGGCUGAAGAUGCAUCAGACUCGGCGUGGACUCAGAAGGUGCGUCGGUCCUACAGCAGGCUCAGCGAUAAGUCCUUCAACUCCCCCAACUCAAGAGAGACUCUGUUCGGUUUUGAGAAGCUGCAGACCCCCGAGGUUGGCCCCAGAGUCCGCGCAUCCAAGGAGGCCUCUGCUGUCUCCCUGUCAGGUCUGAACUCAUUCAUGUCUAUGCUGGAGGGGGCGGCGGCGGAUGACUGCGGCGGGUCAGCUGCACCCGAGGUGGACACUGACAUCCCCGGAGUGGCCGUGGUGAAGGAGAAGAGGAGGAGGAAGAAGGUGCAGCAGAUAAACAGCACAGAGCUGGAGGAGCUGGCUGCAAAGAUGAACGCAGAGUUUGAGGAGGCUGAGGAGUUUGAGCUGAUCGUGGAGUAAAUACUGAGAUGGACUAAAAAGACUAUUUUCAUAUGGCUUAGUGAUGUGUUGGUAUAUCUUCAUGCUAUGAUUAUCAUUGGUAAAAUAUCACCAUAUAUAUAUUAUCAUGAUAAUCAUCAGCUGUUUACUGAAGUGGUGCCAUUAAUGCCAAAAUGUAGUUCAAUCACUUCACCUGGGAUUGUAUUCACUGCACAGUAGGGCUGGGCAAUAAUCAAUAUUACAUAUUAUUGUGAUAUGGUACAUGUUUCUAGC